AUGAUGUCCCCAAGGAGUUUCCUUUACUACAAUAGGCAGCCCUCGGCCUCGACCAACCCUCCACCAUCCUCUCCCUCCCCUUCAAGUCUCACGCGCAAACCGACCAACAACAGCUACGCCGUCAGCCCGAGAUCAACUACUACUGCUGCUGCUGUUACAAAGACGACAUCAACCACUCCCGUCAACAUCCCCAGAACGGCUCUGCCUUCUGCCCUACUGGAUCGGAAAAAGGAUGCUCAGAACGUGUCCUUCACCCUCACGCCUAUCCCUACUUCUCCCACUACCACCUCAGCUACCAUGGCCAAAAGGAAGGAUGCUCGCCGCGAAACUUCUAAGUUGGCGCCCUCGAGCCCUCCCCGGACAACAACCAGCGUAAAUACUAGGCCGACCACUCCGACUACGCCUGUUCAGAUUCCUUCAAAAUCAAAGGCAACCCCGUUUUACACCUCCAACCGCCAUGCGCAUCGGAAGCCCUCCCGUCCGAGGGACGUUCACUCGCCGGAUGCCGUCCCGCCUGCUAUGCUGGCCCUAUUGGCGGUCACUGACAUUCCUCGGCCUCGACGCAGUUUGAGGCAAAGGCUAUCCAGAGACCAGGCCAUGACUUUGGAAGCCGUUAUCGAGAGACAGCAAGUUUGUGAAAAAGAACUUAGUCUCACUUUUGGCAAGAGUCCCCUGGACCUACUGUUGUCGCCACCCGACGACUUGACAGACGACGAUAUGUCAGUUAGCGAUAGCGGUCUUGGUUCCGUAUUAUCCACCAGAACUGUCUCUGUGGAAUCAGUUCCCUCACUGGGCGAUUCCUUUUCCACCGAUACACUAUCUUCGGUUGAGUCACCGUAUGGAUCCAGCCCGCGAAGGAAGCGCUCACGCCAACCCAGGCGUUCGCUGGAGCCCAUAUCGUCUCCUCCCGGUCAGCCCGAGGACCACCCGUUGUCCCGCGACCGGGUCAGCGUUGAUGAGAUUGACUUUAGAGUAUUCGACGAGUCUCAGGAUGAGGAGAACACCAAGUCAGAGUUCUCCUUUUCUGACUACACCUUCCCGCUGCGCCCUCUCAAGUCAGCGUUCAAGUCCAAUUUGACUGCAUCGCUUCGCGCCCUGCGCUCGGCUGCACGAUCCAUCUCAGCCAUCAACUUUUCGUCUAUCCCGCCCGACGACUUCCUCACGAGAUCCAUUCUCACCAUCGACCCCAAGGUCCCUUAUACGGAUGAGCGACGACCCCCGGUGCUUGAGGAGGAGCCGUCGGCUGCGUUGCGUCGGUACCUGAACCCCACGACAAACGCUCGAAUUGAGCCCCACCCUGUAGCGGCCACUACGCCGACGGGCACGCGAAGCUUUACUGCGUCUAUCCAGAUGCAAACAUACAAGGUUCAGAAAAGCCGGAGUGCACCACCCACGUCAACUCGGAGCCCCUCCCCGGCGACAUCGGCGGUCACGACUCAGUCAACACCUUAUCAGCCCCCAGCACAAUCUCCGACCCAGACCGCAUUCACGUAUCCUCCCGGAGGCAUGCGUCAGCGAGAGAUGCGGGAGAACUCGGACUUCAUUCGUAUCGCGGUCAUGGAGAUGGCGAUGCGCAAACAGGGCAAGCUCGAUGACCAACGACCAGGCCGCGCUCGCUGGGCGUUGCCGCCGCGAAAGGCCAGCCUACGUCCUUACGAUGUCGGCACCGACGGCGUCCCGGCACGAUGGAUUCCAGUGUCGCAUUGA